CCCCGCCAAGGCUAUAGUCUCCUACUUUGCAUUUUCACCCCACCACUAGCGUCGAUCUUGGCUGCCGUGCUAUCCGUCAGCCCUACUACAGUUAGAGGUACCUAACCUAAGAAAUCAACUCGUUGCACUGUUAUCGAGACCAUUGAGGACCGUUCAACCAUUGAACGAACCACUUCUCCUAUUUUAUUUUAUCACUUCUCAGCCCCGAAUCUCACAUCAACUGGACCCACACACAAUCGUAGAGAUAUUCAUAGAUUUGAUACCAACUUGUUCUGUAUCUCCAUAUAGUAUCUCCAUAUUUCAACAACCACGACCUCUUUUUAACCGAGUAGAAACCUUUGGUAUCGUCCCAUUAGUCAGUCUUUUUUUUUUUUUUCAUUAAUUUUAUUUUAGACCUUCUCGUCACCUUGGAACAUGUCUGGUUGGGGUCACGACCAAAACUACGGCGGAGGAUACGGUGGUGGUGGUGGUGGCGGAUAUCACCAACCUCCUCAUCAACAACAAUGGUCGUCACCACCCCCUCCUCAAGGCUAUAACCAGUAUGGACCACCUUCCGGUCCUCCUCCGGGUCAGAAUCAAUACGGAGCUCCUUCCGGUCCGCCUCCCCAGCAACAUGGUUACAAUCAAUAUCCCCCUCCAUCAGGUCCUCCACCGCCUCAACAACACGGGUACGGUCAAUAUCCUUCCCAGGGUUACCCCCCACCUUCGCACGGCCAAGGAUCUAACCGGUAUCCUCCGCCUUCCCAUCCCCCGCCGCCUGGGCUAGAUCCAUACGGAUAUCCCGCUCAUUCCGGUGGCCCUCCCGCUCAAGGUUACGGCGGUCAGCAUAGGGCCGGUCCUCCUCCGCCGACUGCCCCACAGCAAUUCGGUCACGGUGCACCUCCAGAAUAUACUUUCCAGUAUUCCAAUUGUACUGGUAAGCGUAAGGCCCUAUUGAUCGGCAUCAACUAUAUCGGCCAAAAGGGCGAACUACGUGGUUGCAUCAACGACACCAAGAAUGUCUCGCAGUUUCUCAUCGAGCGUUACGGGUAUAAGAGAGAAGACAUGAUUAUCUUGACCGACGAUCAGCAUGAUCCUAUCAUGAAACCAACCAAAGCGAACAUUCUUCGAGCAAUGGAAUGGCUUGUCUCCGGUGCUCGUCCUAACGACGCAUUGUUCUUACACUACUCAGGUCACGGUGGUCAGACGGAAGACGAAGAUGGUGACGAGGAAGACGGCUAUGACGAGGUCAUUUACCCCGUUGACUAUGAAACUGCUGGCCACAUUGUCGAUGAUCAGCUUCAUCACGUAGUCGUCAAACCUCUUCAGGCAGGUGUGAGGUUAACGGCCAUCUUUGACUCGUGUCACUCCGGCUCGGUCUUAGACCUACCGUACAUCUACUCAACUAAGGGUGUCCUAAAGGAGCCAAAUCUUGCGGCCGAAGCGGGGCAGGGCUUACUCAAGGCAUUCUCUUCUUACGCUCAAGGUGAUGCAGCUGGAGCAGCUGGCGCCAUCUUUAGCCUUGCCAAGACUGCGUUCAGAGGAGACGGCGGGUAUAAGAAGACGAUUGAGACUAAGACGUCGCCCGCAGAUGUCAUCAUGUGGUCUGGCAGUAAAGAUGAUCAGACAUCUGCCGAUGCGACAAUCGCAUCUCAAGCCACCGGAGCAAUGUCCCACGCGUUCAUCGCGGCUAUCAAGCAAAAUCCCAAGCAAAGCUAUGUAGAACUACUCAAUAGCAUCCGUGACAUAUUGGAACAAAAAUACUCGCAAAAGCCACAGCUGUCAUGCAGCCACCCUCUGGAUACAAACAUCCUAUUCGUUAUGUGAACCAUUGCAAGGUGGGACAUAUAUUGAAUGAAUUGAGGAACAUGACCGAGGCAACUACCUAAUCCAUGAUGGUGAUACGAGGUAGUCUGGAGGAAUGAGGAAGCGGAAAUCUGAUGACGAUUUCGGGAAAAAGAAUUACCAAGACACAUGUUCCCUCUCUCAAGACUUCGUGAUAUGGAAUUAUCAUGGAAUUAUUCUAUAAGACAGAUAGCCACACUUCAUAUAAGGCUGGGUCCGGAUCACUCUGAAACUGCUGUUGUCUGAAACUGUUGAUGAAAUUUUGGGAAAUAUCGUCAAUUCAUAAAUAUUUCAAUUACUUCCAAGUGGGGUAAUAAGCCACCAAGCUCAAGUCCCGUAGCAGCAUCUGGAUUGCCAGAUCUACUUCUCGUUGCGACUCAGGCGUAAUCGUAACCGUGUGGCUAGCCGUAAGAUAUCUGUGAGUCCAUAUAAUUCGAC